AUGGCACAACAAUCGUCUUCUGUACGGCUUCGGCAAAUCGCUCUGGUCACCAAUGACCUCAAACGCGCCCGCCAAGAAAUCACGGACAUCCUCGGGGCCCCCGUCAUCUACGAAGAUCCCACCGUUCGACAAUGGGGAUUGGAGAACUUCCUCGUCCCGCUCGGAGGAGACAUCAUUGAAGUCGUCGCCCCCACCCGCUCCGGCACCACGGCCGGUCGUCUCCUGGACAAGCGCGGCGAGGGCGGCUACAUGAUCAUCAUGCAGACCGAAGAUGCUGAUGCGCGCAGCAAAGACAUCGUGACCAGUGGCCGGUCAAAAGUGAUCUUCCAACACCCUUUCUCCUACAGCUAUCCCAGCUGGAAUGGGGCCAAGGACGAAGGCUUCUGCAUUCAAUAUCAUCCAAAGGGUAUCGCAGGCGGCAUGAUGCCUGAGCUAGACUCGCACAAGGCCUGCGAGAGGAAUCCGAGGCCCUUGACGACUCGCUUCUCGCCCUGGCAUCCGUGUGGACCGGACUAUGAUCGCUAUCUGGGCGUGAUGAAGAGCACCGCGCACCUGCAUCUCAGAGGCUGUCUUUUGAACCUCGACGCGGGCGGGAAAGUGAACGCGAACGCUGCCCUGCAGCAGUGGUCAGAGACGUAUGAUAUCCCGGUGCGGGACACCCAUCUCGUCUUCACCAAUGCUCAGAUGUCAUUUGCUCGUGGCCAUGAGGGACGCUCGGAGGGACUGCUCUUCAUCACGAUCCGCGUCGACACCAGGAGUCAGAUGCAGGGUAUUCUGGACCGUGCCCGCGCUGCGGGAAAGACUGUGCAUACGGAUGGCGACUGGUUUGAGAUGGUGGGCGUGCGCUGGAACUUCUGGACCGAUGAAGGGCGUUCGCGCUCCGGCCCAGCAGCGCGUCUGUGA